UCGUCGAGUAACAAUGAAGCUGUUGGCUGUGAUCGCGUUGGUGUGUUGCGCUUUGAGCGCCAAACCUCUAGAGACGGAGAGUGCCAAGAUCUUGGCCACUUUUCCGUUUCCGGGUCGCUCUCAGUACAUCUUUCUGGAGACUUACUUGAAGGCCUUGGCCGACAAGGGCCACCAGGUGACAGUGAUCAAUGCAUUCAAGAACAAGGCAUAUCCGAACAUGAGGUUUAUCGAGGCUAUGAAGGGUCACGAAUUCUCGGACACAAUGUUGGCCCUGCUUAAUGAACCCUUCCUUUGGCAACAACUCAAUGCAAUAAGCUAUAUUGUGUCUAAAUAUACGGAAAUAACACUGGAAGAUGAGGGGGUCAAGCAGCUGUUGAACUCUGGAGAAACCUUUGAUUUGGUGCUGGCUGAGAUGUUUCAAAUGGAACCAUUGUAUGCAUUUGCCCAGCAUUUCAAUGCCACCCUUGCUGGAUUCUCCAGCUUCGGAACUGACAACCACGUCGAUGGGGUCAUGGGAAACAUAUCUCCGAUGUCCUAUAACGCAAUAGCUAGCUCUCCCCGUACCAAUCUAAUGACCUUCAUUGAACGCUUGAGCAAUGUGUACGAAACAGUGGUUGAGAAAGUUCAUCGGAAUUGGGUGCACCUGCCAGCCAUGGAAAAGAUGUUCAAUAAGUACUAUCCGAACGCGAAGAAAACCAUGACUGAAGUCUUGGAUAGCUUUUCGUUCAUGCUGUUGGGUCAGCACUUUUCUCUGAGCCAUCCGCGUCCCUAUUUGCCCAACAUGAUCGAGGUCGGAGGAGUGCACAUCUUCCACAAACCGAAGCCGCUGCCCGAGGACAUAAAGCAGUUCAUUGAGGGUUCCCCCGAUGGGGUCAUCUACUUCUCAAUGGGAUCCAAUGUAAAGAGCAAAGAUCUUCCCCAGAAAACUCGGGACACUUUGCUGAAAACCUUUGCAAAAUUGAAGCAGCGCAUUCUGUGGAAAUUCGAAGAUGACGAGAUGCCGGGAAAACCUCCGAAUGUAUUGAUCAAGAAAUGGUUUCCUCAGCCGGACAUUCUUGCUCAUCCUAAUGUAAAGAUGUUCAUUACCCAUGGAGGGCUGCUGAGCUCCACAGAGAGUGUGUACUUUGGCAAACCCGUGCUGGGAUUGCCAUGCUUCUAUGAUCAGUACAUGAACGUGAAGCGCGCCCAACGAAAGGGAUUUGGAUUGGGACUGGAUUUGAAUAACCUAAAGCAGGAGGAUUUGGAAAAGGCAAUCCAAACAUUGCUCACAGAUCCCAGCUACGCCCAAGCAGCGGCUACCAUUUCGGAGCUAUAUAGGGAUCAGCCACAGACAGCUCUGGAUCGUGCCAUUUGGUGGACGGAGUAUGUUCUCCGACACAAGGGUGCUCCUCAUUUGAGGGCAACAUCCCGAGACCUCACCUUCAUCCAACUCUAUAGCUUGGACACCUUGGCUGUGCUUUUCGGUGUGCCUUUGCUGGUGGUACUCGUCCUCCUAAAGUUAUCUUGUAAAUUUCUACGAGGCAAGAGCCAGAAGUGCCCUCAUGCUGAUAAGCUCAAGAAGCAAUAGAGUCUCUGUAUGUAUGUACAUGAUUGUAGUUUAAAAUUUAGCCUGGUUUACAAACUAGUCGAGUGUCUGUCAUUACUCUUAUCGUUUACGAGUGCUGAAAUUAUAUAUUUUAUUGUCA